AGAGCCGGCCUCCGAGCAGCCCCGCCGCCUCGGGGAUGCCGUUUAGGGCAGCGGCCCCGAGGCACGGCCCCUGGCGAGCCUGACACUGCCUGGGGCCGGGCAGGAUGGAGGCCGCGGAGGUCCCCAUCCGUGUUCCUGCGCUGGCCACAGAGCAGAGGUUCGCCCAGCGCCUCAGGCGAUGUCUGCAAGAGGAGCGGCUCUGGGACCGGCGUUACCAGCUGCAGCGGCUGCCCGCGGGCCGCGUGGCCCUGCCCGUGCUGGAGGAGAAGCUUUCACAGCUCUGCCUGCCCCCGGAGGUGCCCUGUGAGCUGGUGCGGAUCCAGGACCCUGUCCCCUCCAGGGCCGCCCGCCGGCGCUCGCCUGCCCAGCGGCUGCGGGACGAGCUGCGGGAGCUGCUGGCUGCCGGCUGGUCGGAGGAGCUGGAACGGGAUGUGCCGCACGCCUGGCAGAGGCACGGCGACCUGGUGCUGCUGAGCGAGGACAGCUUCAAGGCUGCGCCCUGGCAGAAGCUGGGCCCGGCGCUCUGGGAGACGGUCGCCUCGGCUUUGGGGGCCCGGCGGGUGGCCAAGCGAGGACGGGUGAUGCCGGAUGGGAUGCGGAGCCCCAGCGUCACCCUGCUGCUGGGCCAGCACGGCUGGGUGGAGCACGUGGACAACGGGAUCAGGUGGGCAGAAGGGGCAGGAUGUGGAAGGUGUGCGGAAGGGACUGCCCUCACUAUUUGCGCGGGGUCUUCCAGGUACACUUUCGAUGUGACCAAGUGCAUGUUCUCCCCGGGCAACAUCACGGAGAAGCUGCGUGUGGCCUCACUGCCCUGCUCUGGGGAGGUCCUGGUGGAUCUCUACGCAGGCAUCGGCUAUUUCACGCUGCCGUUCCUGGUGCACGCGGGGGCUGCCUUCGUCCACGCCUGCGAGUGGAACGGCCACGCCGUGGAGGCCCUGCACAGGAGCCUGGUGCUGAACGGGGUGCGGGAUCGCUGCCACAUCCACAGCGGGGACAGCCGGCAGCUGCAGCUGCGGGAUGUGGCAGACAGGGUGAACCUGGGGCUGAUCCCCAGCUCGGAGGAAGGCUGGCCGGUGGCCUGCCGCGUCCUGAAGAAGCACACGGGCGGGGUUCUCCACAUCCACCACAACGUGGAGACUCCCCCGGCGCGGACCGCGGCGCUGCCGGCCGAGCGGGGCCCUCCGGAGGCGGCCAGCUCUGCGGGAGAGGCACGGCACCCAGCAGAGGACGGUGGGGAGGGGGCGCUGCGCACCAGGCUCCGGCCCGAGUGGCAGAGGUGGGCUGAAGCCACGGCCACGCGGAUCCAGGGGCUGCUGGCGGAGCUGCACGGGCGGCCGUGGCGCACCAGCGUCCUGCACGUCGAGGCGGUGAAGUCCUACGCGCCACACGUGCAUCACCUCGUGCUGGACCUCGAGUGCCGGCCGGUGCCGCCCGUUCAGUAGGGCAUGGGCACCCGUGGAAGGGUGCUGUCAGGCACCAGGGGCAGGAAGAUGCUACCAGAAGUAUCCUGCUGCCAGCCUGGGUGUGCCUUAUGUCCCCCGGUUCCCGGGUGGCAGCACUGCCCAGCAGUGCCUCCCGUGCCCAGGGCACACAGUGUUGUGCUCCCAUGGCAGAUCCUUCAGGAUCCAGACAAGGAUGGAGCAAACUGGGGCUCAGAUUGCCAGUGGAUUCUGCCCUGGCUCUGCCAGUAGCUUCCCAGGUCUUGCACACGUGCAGCUGGAGCUCCAUUUUCACACAGGAGAGAGCCACAGUGCUGAGAAGCCUUAGCUUCCUGCUGGGUUCAUGUCAGCAGGUUGGGGACAAGUUUUGUGCCUGUAUUUACCAGCACGCUUUUUUAAUGUACUGGAAACAAGCCUGUUCAUCUCGUUUGCUUCCUGUCUUUUUUUCAGAAAUAAAGAUGUUGCUCACUGCCUCUUGCUGGUGAACACUGGUGCAAGCGUGGGGGGUGUGGCCUGGGAAAUUUUGGUCCUAGGGUAGCGCGUGGAGGGGCUCAGGGAGCAAAGCCUCUGUGGCAUUGUCUGCCUGCAAGC